CCCUCCCUCCUCCCUGGGUGACUAAAAUGUUCUUCCUUUCUCUUCUCCUUCCUCCCCCCUCCUUUCCUGUUUUCCCUUCUUCUCUGGCCCGCCACCAUGUCUUUCCCUCCCUUCUCCCUUUGGCCAUUUUUCUCUCUCCCCCUCUCCGCUACUUCUGCUUUUCUUCCCCUUUUUCAAAUCCUCUUUCCCCACCAAACACACACAGCCUUUCUCUAACCGGUUCCCCUCCAUUUUGCUCUCUCCUCCCGAAAUCUCAGAAAUGUGGUCCUCUCUUUUCCCUUCUUUUGGUCUAGGGAGGGGUGAGUGGAAAAGAAGCCCAACCUUUUUAUUUAUUUUUUUUUCCCCUCCCCAGAUUGCUGACAUAGGGAAAUCAAAGAAAUCUACACCGCCCAGCCGCCCCCUUUUUUCAUUGUCUUCAUCAUCACUGUCCCACCCAUUUUAGCAGCAUCAGGAAAAGGGGAGUUUUUCCUUGUAGGCAGAGAUAGGAGGGGGGGGGAAGAGGGAGGGUCUUUUCUGGCCCCUGAAAAGGCAGGAAAAGUGGGAAGGAAAAGGUGCCAAACCACAGAGAGGGGAAGAAGAAGAAGAAGGGAAAAAAGAUACGCUUGAAAGAAAUUUUCCAGAGUAUUAUGUGCAUUUGGUAUAAUGGUGGAAGAUUGCUUGCUUGAAAGGAACUGAAACCAGGGCACCGGUCUUAAGUUUUGGCUUGAAGGAAGGGCUUAAACAGAAAAAUGAAAAUUUUGCUGCUUCCUCUCUUCCCAUGGUUUUUAAGCUUUUAAGGAGUGUCAAAGCUGUACACCUUUAGUGCGGGAAGAUGAGUGAACUCGAUCAGUUACGCCAGGAGGCUGAACAACUAAAGAACCAAAUCAGAGAUGCUAGGAAAGCCUGUGCUGACGCUACCUUGGCCCAGAUCACAGCCAACAUUGAUCCUGUGGGUCGUAUUCAGAUGCGCACUAGACGAACACUGCGAGGACACUUGGCCAAAAUUUAUGCAAUGCACUGGGGAACCGAUUCCAGGCUUCUGGUUAGCGCAUCACAAGAUGGAAAACUGAUCAUUUGGGACAGCUACACCACAAACAAGGUCCAUGCCAUCCCACUGCGUUCCUCUUGGGUCAUGACCUGCGCAUACGCCCCUUCCGGAAACUACGUGGCCUGCGGUGGUCUCGAUAACAUUUGUUCCAUUUACAACUUGAAAACACGUGAAGGCAACGUCCGAGUAAGCCGUGAGCUGGCCGGCCACACAGGCUAUUUGUCCUGUUGCCGGUUUGUGGAUGAUAAUCAGAUUGUGACCAGCUCUGGAGAUACCACUUGCGCCCUGUGGGACAUAGAAACCGGACAGCAAACUACCACGUUUACCGGCCACACCGGCGAUGUCAUGAGCCUAUCCCUCGCUCCGGAUUCCAAGUGUUUUGUCUCUGGUGCCUGCGAUGCCUCAGCCAAGCUGUGGGAUGUCCGAGAAGGGAUGUGCAGGCAGACUUUCACCGGCCACGAGUCGGACAUCAAUGCCAUUUGUUUCUUCCCCAAUGGCAACGCUUUCGCCACUGGCUCCGACGAUGCCACGUGCCGGCUUUUCGACCUCCGUGCCGACCAAGAGCUCAUGGUUUAUUCCCACGACAACAUCAUCUGUGGCAUCACCUCCGUAGCAUUCUCCAAGAGCGGGCGUCUCCUGCUAGCCGGUUACGACGACUUCAACUGCAACGUGUGGGACACGCUCAAAGCGGACAGAGCAGGCGUCUUAGCUGGCCACGAUAACCGCGUCAGUUGCUUAGGUGUGACCGACGAUGGCAUGGCGGUGGCAACAGGAUCGUGGGAUAGCUUCCUCAAGAUCUGGAACUGAAGCCUGACAGUCUGUGGACUCCCCGCUGAUCAGAAGAAUUCCCCCCCCCCCAACGGUUGAAAGUUUAAAAUAAUGUAUCCAACUCAAUAUACUAACUUGGAUCCCCUUCCCUGCCCCCCCUCUCCCCCCUCCCUCCCCCUCUCCCCCCUUCCUACCCCACCACCAAAGGGCAAAAGUUCUUUUCACAUCUCGCCGAAGAGCACAAUUCUCAAAGAGGAAUCACCACAGUUGUUAUACCAGUAAAUAGCAAAAGAGAUCAAAAUUGUGCAUUCCAUUGGGGACCACAUGUUAUUAUUAAUUAUUAUUAUAAUUACAUUAUUAUUAUUUUGGGGGGGGGUUUGUCUAGAGAAAAAAAAACGAAAAAAAAACCUUAAAAAGAAAUCACACGCUUGUCGUUAAGCAUGCCUGGGGCAAAACUUAAAAGCGAAGUAAAACGAUAUGAUAAAUAAGUAAGGAAAACAAAACACCUUGUCAGAAAAAGCAAAAGGUAAAAAAGUUUUAAGUUUCACUGUAGUUUAAACCAAACAAACAAACAAAAAAGGCAAAUCAUACUGACUUUAUGGGUUAAUGGUGGGAAGGUUUCGUUUUAAUCUCAUCUUUGAAACUUAGAAGUCACGUGCGUAGCAAGAUCGGUAUCUCCUCUUCUUUUUUUUGGUCCAUGUUUCCAUGUCCUUUUUUCCCUUUCUUAAAAUUUUAUUUUUAUUUUUUUAAAAAAAUGCAAUUUGCUUUUGACGGUCCAAUUUCGAGCCAAGAGAAAGGAGUUCCCAACCCAGAUGUUUCUGGGGGUUGUUUAAAUGCUGUAAAUUUACUCCCUGGGUUUUUUUUCUUUUUCUUUUAUUCUUUAUUCUUUUUUUUCCUUUUUUUUUUUUUAAAAAAAAAAAUCUGUCUUAAUGUCACAAAUCGUUGCACAAAUAUUGCAUAUAUAUGAUAAUGUUAAGAAAAUAAGCAAGCACACUCUGUACAUGGUAUUGAAUGUUUAAAAAAAAAAAACCUUUUCACUUCUAUGGGUAACAAAAAAAAAUAAAAAUACGUUCCUUCUUUUUUGUCCCCCCCGUCCCCCCUCCCUCAAAAUCUCGCCAGUUUUCCAUUUCCUAUCUGCUGAGUUUGUUUGACUAAUGCCGAAGACUAUCCCAUAAUUUCGAUCCAACAACCAGAUUUGGUGGGUUGGGGUUUCAGGAGCAAGGCUAAGUGGGGGGGGAAGGCUAAGGGGGGGGGUGGAAAAAUAAAACCCCACCACGAACCUUUGGCUGGGUCCGAAGCAAGAUCCAAAUAUGAUUUUUUUUUUUAUUUUUUAGUGAAAAACACGAUCUGAGGUUUUUCUAAAUUAAAAAACGAUGAUGAUGGAAAAGUUGGGGUGGGGAGGGGGCACGUUUGGGAUUUGCCAAUUUUGGGGUGGGGGGGUUGGAUUUCUCUUAGAAUCGCAUGCUGUAGAAACGCUGAAGUGCAUAAUAAAACUAAGACGUCCUUCUGUUUGUGUUUUCUUUCGGGAAAUUAACCUCAUCCUUUAAUCUUUUCUUUUUCUUUUUCUUUUUUUAAAAAAAACAAAGAAAGAAAGCAACUAGUUAUAAACCAUUGUUGAUUUUCCUUACCGCCGCUACUGGGGGUGCAUUAAAAAACGGAUUUCAACCGAAAGAAUGAAAAGUCUCCAGACUUUUUUUUUUUUUUUUUUGCACAUCUGGAAGUAUCGUUUUUAAUAACGUUUCCCCCUCCCCACUCCUUUCUUCUAUUUCCCCCCCCAAAAAAACCCCUAAAUUUGAAAGCAAAAAGCCAGCUGUUUAAACAAUCACUUAGAUUCAAAUUUGAGGUAGAGAAAGGAGAAAGACAGUUAAGCCCCUUUUUCCUCGCUUUGCAUUUUUGAAAGUUGAGCAUUUGGACAGCAAAUUGUUUGGAUAAAACUUUUCGAUUUCUUCCUCUCCUCCUUUCCUUUCCCUUCCCCCCCCUUUUUUUCUUUUCUAAGCAGGGAUUUGUUAAAAAUCCUCUUCCUUUUUCACUCUCUUGCGUUUUCCACCCCUGCGACAUUCUGUACAAAAUGUGCUGUAAUCGUGCAUUUUAUUUUAUUUUUUAAAAGAAGGCCUGGAUUUGGCAUCUUGAUUUUAUUUUAUUUUUAUUUUUUGGAUUUUUUUUUUUAAAUCACCCUCUUUCCUCUUCCCCUCGCCCCCCCCACCCUUGAGAUAAAUCUCUGUAGAGCUUCCUCUGCACACAACACCCCCCCGAUUCCUUCACUUUUUGUAUUUAAUUUUAAAGUCGGUGUACUUCAAGAAAGCUGGAUGCAAGAUAGAUCCUAUAUUAAAAUGUACUGUUAUUUAAGAUGUAAUAAAGCAGUUUGACAUGA